UUUCCCACAAAAUGAGUGUUAGCAAAUAGUAUUCGAUUUCGAUUCAUUACACUGUUGUCACGAGUCCACCACCACGGUGGAGCCGUCAUCAUAUUUGUCAUCCCAAACCCUAAUUCCCGCUAACCACCAAUCCCUAUCACGGUCCUUGUGAGAUUCCGGGUUUUAAGUCAACUCUGCCAUUUCCGUUCUCUUUAAGCUUCUGUGCAACUGAUAAUUUUGCUGAAUUUCUGGAAAAAAAGAGGAAGCUUCGGAGUUGUUGAUGGAGGGGAAUUCCGGCGGCGGAGGCGGCGGAGGAGGCGGAAAUGACGUGGAGCUUCUGUGCAAAACGCUGCAGGUGGAGCACAAGCUGUUCUACUUCGAUCUCAAGGAGAAUCCGCGCGGACGCUACCUCAAGAUCUCCGAGAAGACCUCCGCCACGAGGUCCACCAUCAUCGUCCCCUCCAACGGCAUCUCGUGGUUCCUGGAUCUCUUCAAUUACUAUGUCAAUUCCGACGAGCAGGACUUCCUGAGCAAAGAACUCCAGCUUGACUCCAAGGUCUUUUAUUUUGAUAUUGGUGAGAACAGAAGGGGCCGCUUUCUGAAGGUAUCUGAAGCUUCAGUUAGCAGAAACCGCAGUACCAUCAUUGUUCCUGUAGGGAGUGCCGGGGGUGAGGGUUGGGCAGCAUUUAGGAAUAUUUUGGCUGAAAUAAAUGAAGCCUCAAGGCUUUUCACCCUGCCAAAUGAGCAGCAAACUUCUGAAACUCCAGAUCGGUUAGGACUUUCAGAUGAUGUAGGGGCUGGUUUCAUAUCCAGCCAUAGCUCCCAACCUACUCCAUCGGCUGACUUGAAUGUAGACCGCACAAUUGAUUUGCCACCACCUGAGGACGUUAAUAAUUUAGGGAUUUCUAAAGUUAUCAGGGUUGAUCAGAAGAGAUUCUUCUUUGAUCUUGGCAACAACAACAGGGGCCACUUCUUAAAAAUAUCUGAGGUGUCCGGUCCUGAUCGGUCGUCCAUCAUUCUCCCAUUGUCGGGGCUGAAACAGUUCUAUGAAAUGGUGGGCCACUUCGUGGACAUCACCAAGGACAGGAUUGAAGGAAUGACUGGUGCAAACGUUCGGACAGUGGACCCUCCUCAGAGAUGAACACUGACAACCUGAGGGUGAACCCAGAAGCCCAUUUUGGGGCAUUCCAAACUCAUUUUCUGCAGUGGAUCAGGUGUGCGAUUGUGUUGAUUUUGUCUUUAGCAUUGUUCAUUGGAAGUUGAAUAAACUGGCUGUUUUGAGCAAGAGAGAGAAUAGCAAACCAAUUGUCAAGUGUGAAUGGAGGGACAAUAAGAAAUAAACUAGUAACUCUUGUAAUUCCUAGUGUUGAAAAAGGUUCCUUUGUAUUACUUCUCCCCUGUCAAUUUUGAUUCAUUGCAUGCUUUCACUGCUAGGCUGCUAGGGAACAGUGUGCACCAAACAUAUACUUUUGUAAGGGAUUCUACCUUGUCAAUCUAAUAAUAGGUUGUUUGCUUUGAUUAUACUA